AUGACGGAUAAACGUUGGAACAAUGACAUCGCUUACGUUUUCUCUAUUCAAAGAGCAGUUCUAAGAAUAUACGGUUUGUGGCCAUUGCAGACGAAGACAGUAUUCACAAAGAUACGAUGGGGCUUUUCCAUUAUUGCACAGUUUAUGAUAUUACCCUGGGCGAUAAUGGAUUUCUGGAGUCAGGCUACCAUCACCUCAAAUAUAGAAUGUAUAAUAUAUAUUACGUCUUCUUCGUUGGGAGUCAUAAGAGGUUUGUGUAUUAACGCAAAUCAAAAGAGAUUGGGUAUAAACAUUAAGGCUGCUAUCGAGGAUUGGUUGUCUGCUAAUAAGGAAUCUAAGAAGAUUAUGAAAAAACAUGCGGUUAAAUCCAAAAUACUCACCUUAACUUUGUUAUAUUCGUUAAUCGGGUGUCUUGGCUGUUAUGUGGCAAUCAUCAUAGUCAACAUUGUGAAUCAGGUGUAUUUCACGGACCCAAAUUCAGUGGACGCCAAUACAACAAAUUGGGUAUUUAUGGUUCCAUCUGGCCCAUUGAGUAGCUCGCUCACAGGUUCACAAUAUGCGAUAGUCGUGACCAUCCAGUUUGUUCAAGUAUGCGUAUUAGCCCUCUUAUUAUGUAUCACAGACUGCCUCUUUUUCAACGUCACGAUACAUCUUACCGGUCAACUCGAGAUACUUAAAAACCAAUUCGAAAUUUUUGCAAACGAGCGAAACACCGAGGCAAAUUAUCGAAAGAAAUUCAUCAGUUUGGUUAACAAGCACAGCGAUUUAACUAAAUUAUAUCAAAAUUUGGAAGGUAGCUUUCAUAUUCUUCUAUUAUUUCAACUUGUGGUAACGACAAUUAUGCUCGCACUGACAGGAUUUCGUUUGAAUAUAUUUCUGUACGAGAAAAAUUAUGCUGAAGCAAUAAAAAGUGUUAUUGUCUUAAACUAUUUAUUAAUGCAAGCAAUGCUAUACUCCUAUGGUGGUGAAUUCCUGCAAAGAGAAAGCGAAGAUAUAUUCUAUGCGUUAUAUACAACUUCCUGGUUUACGCUUCCUUUGGCAGUGAUGAAAGACCUGUAUUUCGCGAUGAUGAGGUCGAGUAUUCCGUUUCGCUUAACCGGCGGAAAAUUUUUCUUUGUUAAUCGUGAAACGAUGAUGCACAUCUUUAGGACAGUGCUCUCAUAUAUUUCAGUUUUACGAAUAGCGUUAAGAAAGAGUAACGUGUACGAUUUUGAAGUGCUUUCGAAAAUGGGAUCGGCUGUGGAGUGGAAUGCUGAAACUGCGUACGUUUUAACGCUUUAUAAGUAUCUUCUUGGUGUGCUUGGACUCUGGGUGUUAGAUGAAGGAAAUAUAUUUUCGAGAAUUCGUUGGUUUAUGUCGACGAUGAUAGAACUGAGUGCAACGAUCAGCCUGUCACUGGAAGUUAUCCGACACUGUCGUGGUCCCGAGGACGCAUUGGACGCUUUUCUAUCGGCGUCCACAUCGGUAACUAGUAUAUCGAAACUGCUUCUGCAUCGUGUGAAUUGGAGGCACAAAUUAAUUUUGGUGGAAUCUAUCAUCAACGAUUGGACUUUCGUGAGAAAUCCUUACUCGCGCGAUAUUAUGCUGAAAUACUCGCACGUUGGUAGAUUGGGUUCCUCGGUGUUCUUUUACUUCGGAUGUGCUUCUUGCGUAUUUCUCUUCUCACCUCUUAUAUUCGCCAAUCUUGAUCUGUUCUCGAUCUCGGAAGAGCAGAUUUACAACAAAACGAGCGAGAGGAGAUUGUUUUUGGCAGCUUAUUGCAUUUUCGAAAGUUAUACAUCUGUCGCCUACGCCUACGGCUUCAUUGAAGUCCUGCAGGCAUUGCAAAUCCUCGUCAACUGUAUCUCGCAGUGCGGAAACGAUGGGUUUUUCUUUGAUCUUACGAUGCACGUAUGUGGACAGUUCGAAGUUCUCAGGAUGGAAUUCUCUGAAAUAGGUAGCAAAGAGCUUCUUAAUCGCAACAAACUUGGUAUCCUGUUGAAGAAACAUCAUCGCCUCAUAUAUUUGGCUCAUCAUCUGCAAAAAGCAUUCAGUUUGGUUAUCUUAUCGCAACUUUUAAUGAGCGUGAUUUUAUUAUGCGUUGAAGGCUUUCAAUUAAUCCUCACGCUUUCGGUGCACAAUACAUACGCUGCCAUGAAACAUCUUCUUUUCAUUGUUGUUUUGUUGGUGCAACUUUUUCUCUACUGCUUCGCCGGACAGACAUUGGAAUUCCAAUCGCAAGGACUAGCUUCUGCAAUUUAUGACUCGCCAUGGUACAGUUUUGACGUAAACAUAAUGAAGAAUUUACCACUGAUGAUUCUUCGAGCAGCUAAUCCUCAUCGGUUAACCGCAGGAAAGUUUCUAGCAAUAAAUUUCAUAAGCUUUAAGGAAAUUCUGAAGGCUUCCGCCUCGUAUUUAUCAGUAUUAAGGGUAAUGCUAGAAACGUGAGUAAAUUUUAAGAAAGAAAUAUUUCGUCUCUUUUAUCGCGUAAUCUUACUUUAUACCAUCAGAGAGUAAUAUCUUUUAAAAUUGUAAUAUUUAAUAAAACAAAGAAAUUAUAAUAAUAUACAUG